GGUCUUACUCUUACCGACUUACAAGGAUUCAUUUGUAAAAAUCUCCCCUAAGAGAAAUCUAAAGAACGCUGAAGAAAAGCAGAGGGAGCUGCCUUGCGUCAAACGUUCACCUGCUCGUUUUCUGGUUUGGUGCGUGUGUUUAAAUUUAUACAUAUGCAAUUCAGGUCGGAGGGAGGAAGAAAGGAUUGAAGAUGGGAUUGAAGGAGACGUUCUACAUAUCGCACGGAUCGCCGAUGCUGGCCAUCGACGAGUCGAUGGAGGCGAGGCAUUUCUUAAAGUCAUGGAAGGACGCCAUUUUCCCCCACAGACCCAAUUCGAUUCUGGUGAUUUCCGGUCACUGGGAGACCUCCGAACCCACCGUCAACACCGUUCUCCGCAACGACACCAUCCAUGAUUUCUACGGUUUCCCCCAACCCAUGUAUCAGCUCAAGUAUCUGGCACCAGGAGCUCCACAAUUGGCAAAGAGGGUGAAGGAAGUGCUCAUGGCAUCUGGUUUUAGUACUGUGAAGGAAGAUAAAAAGCGUGGACUUGACCAUGGUGCUUGGGUUCCACUCAUGCUCAUGUACCCAGAAGCUGAUAUCCCAGUGUGCCAACUCUCUGUUCAGACGGACAGGGAUGCAACUUAUCACUACAGCUUAGGUAGGGCAUUGGCUCCUCUUAAGGAGGAAGGUGUUCUCAUCAUUGGCUCUGGAAGUGCCACUCACAACUUGAGGUCCCUCGGACAUGGUAAUGUUGCCACAGUUCCUUGGGCAUUGGAGUUUGAUAAUUGGCUCAAAGAAGCUCUCCUAGAUGGAAGAUAUGAAGAUGUGAAUCAUUACAAAGUGAAGGCUCCACAUGCAAAGAUGGCUCAUCCUUGGCCUGACCACUUCUAUCCAUUGCAUGUUGCCAUGGGAGCUGCGGAUGAAAAUGCAAAGGCAAAACUCAUUCACCACAGCUGGAGCAAUGGUACUAUUUCUUAUGCUUCUUAUCAGUUCACCGCAGACAGCUGAAUCUUUCUGCUGCUGAAAUAUAUGUUAAUAAUCCAUGCUUGUGUGAUGUAAUCUACUGAUGGAAUGUAGCUACAAGUUGCUUAUUUGGACCAUGAUGGCAUGCUCUCUUAAAUAAAAUGUAAUGUAAGCUAAUUUGAGUUUGCUUACUGAAUUGCUGUACUUAAAUCAAAGUUCAUUCUCUCUCAA